GCUUGUUUUUUAGGGUGUUUAAUAAACAAGCCAAAAGUUUAAGGUUAUAGAUAUUUGACUUGAGUUAAACUCGAGUUUAAAAAAUUUUGGUAAAUCAAACCUAAACGGUUUAAAACUUGGCACGGUUGAUUUGCACCCUAAGUAUGGCACUCAAACGUAUUUUUCAAUCUCACAAGAGAAUGGGGGUGUUUGGGAAAUUUCAGCACACUCUCCCACCUAACUCUUUUGUUUUGAGUGUCUACUACUUAAAGCUAUAAUUAUAUAGUAGCUGUUGAAUGCACCAUUCACUCUAGCUCUACUUACCCAGAAGGCAGUAGCAGGACCCUGCUUCAAAGAAACCUCUCUCUCUCAAAAAUGCAGGGAGGACAUAUGGCAAUUGAAGAGCCUUUUAGGCUCUCCUCAGUGCUAACUUCUUCAAAAUCUAGCUAUAUACCUUCACUAACCAAAUUAGUUGGAACACUUGGACCAAAUUCGCGGUCCAUUGAAACCAUUGAGGCGUGUCUUAAUGCAGGAAUGUCAGUUGCACGGUUCGACUUUUCAUGGUUAGAUAGUGACUACCACCAAGAAACACUUCGCAAUUUGAGGCUAGCUAUGAAAAAUGCUAAGAAACUAUGUGCUGUUAUGCUAGACACUAUAGGCCGAGAACUUCCAAUUUGUAACCAGACUGGGAAAGCAAUUGAGCUAAAGGUUGAUGACCAUUUAACUAUUACUUCAGAUGUUUCCAAAGAACCAUCAGCGGAGUUUUUGCCUGUUAAUUAUUCUGGACUCUCUGAGAUUCUGAAGAAGGGUGAUACCAUUUUUCUUGGUCAGUAUCUCUUCACAGGAAGUGAAAACACCUCAGUAUGGCUUGAGGUUUUAGAGACAAAUGGUCAAGAUGUCAUCUGUCUCGUAAAAAAUACUGCCACUAUUGCGGGCUUUACAUUAAUGCAUGUUUCUCAAGUGCAUGCAAGUUUGCCAAAUUUAAGUGAUAAGGAUAAACAGAUUAUUUCGGAGUGGGGCUCACUUAACAGUGUUGAUUUCAUAUCUCUAUCAUAUACUCGCAAUGUAGAAGAUGUACGAGAGCUUAGAGCUUUUCUUAGAACAAAUAAUCUCCAUGAAACUCAAGUAUUUGCCAAAAUAGAAACUGUGGAGGGCUUUAAACAUUUUGAUGAGAUCCUUCAAGAAGCAGAUGGCAUUAUCCUCGGUCGUGGAAAUUUAGGAAUUGAUCUUCCCCCAGAAAAGGUUUUCUUGUUUCAAAAGUCUGCUGUAUAUAAGUGUAACGUGGCAGGGAAACCUGUCAUAAUUGCUCGAGUAGUUGAUAGCAUGACAGGAAAUCUACGGCCAACUCGUGCAGAAGCAACCGAUGUAGCCAACGCUGUUCUUGAUGGUGCUGAUGGUAUAUUAUUGGGUGCUGAGACACUUAGAGGACUUUAUCCCAUUCAGACCAUAAAAAUUGUGGGGAGAAUUUGUGCUGAGGCUGAAACUGUGUGCAAUCAUUCUGUUCUUUUUAAGAGAAUUCGCAAUCAUGUUGGAGAGCCCAUGUCUCAUGCAGAAGCUGUUGCUUCAUCAGCGGUACGUGCUGCUAUUAAGGUCAGGGCUGCACUAAUUGUUGUGUUCACAUCCUCUGGGAGAGCAGCAAGGUUGAUCUCUAAGUAUAGGCCACCAGUGCCUGUUUUUGCUGUUGUCAUUCCUCGUCUCAGAUCGACUUCAUUGAAAUGGACUUUCACUACUUCUGCACAGGCUCGUCAGUUGCUUGGACUUAGAGGAGUUUACCCUAUUCUGGCUAGCCCUAAUGUGGAAACUUCAGGUGCUUCUACUGAAGAAUCUGGAUUGAAAAUUGCCCUUGAUCAUGGUAUAUCUGUGGGAUUACUUAAGCCUAACGACCGAAUAGUCAUCUUCCAAAAAGUUGGGGACUCAUCCGUUGUGAAGAUAGAUGAGCUUCCUGCCUAGCUUUUGCUUCCAAUGUAUGAAUCUGAAAAUUCAUUUCUCCCUGCCCUAUAAUUUUGCAACUGCACCUCCCAAAUUAUCAUUAUUAUUGUUAUCACAUCAGCCUCAACCAAUGCAAUUGGUUGUGUAGUCUGCCUUCUUCAUAUAAUACAUAGAUAUAGUAAUUAAAA